AUGCAACAACCAAAGAUUCUCAUUGUUGGCGCUGGCGCCUUCGGCCUCUCCACCGCUUAUCACCUUUCCCUGCGAGGCUACAAAUCCGUGACUGUUGUGAAUCGCUUUGAAACACCAUCAAAGGACUCGGCGGCGACAGAUCUAAACAAAGUCCUGAGAACAGACUAUGCGGAUCCGGCAUUCACUAAGCUGGCCGUGGAAGCGAUGGCCGCAUGGAAAGACCCGAAUUCUAUUUUCGCCGGCAUGUAUCACGAGAGCGGGUGGAUUAUGGCGGCAAAUACCAUGUCAACAGAGGCUAUCUCUGACGCUUAUCAACGCGCAGAGAAAGCAGGACUGGCAGGAGCAGUGGACUACGUGACGCCUCAGACAAUGCGAAAGAGAUGGCCGGCGGGCGCUCACUGGGGCUUUUCCCGGCUGGAAGAAUCUGUACCCUCUGGAAAAGCUUUAAUGCGCAUGAACGAAGAAGCAACAGCCAAUGGCGUAAUAUCUGUUUCUGGACCUGCUGGCCAUAUUGUAAAGCUUGUUUACGGCGAGAAUGGCGUGUGUCGAGAUGCUAUUGCGGCGGAUGGCACGUUCCACCAAGCCAAUAUUGUGAUUCUCGCGAGCGGUGCAAACACAGCGACAUUAGUCGACGUCGGCGAGGAGGUAACAGCAGCAUGCUCUGCGGUUGUGGUGAUUAAGCUUGAGCCGCACGAGAUUGAGAAAUACAGAAUCCCGAUAAUCGAUAACAUGGAGCAAGGAAUUAUUUUCCCUCCAGACGAGGAUGGUUUCGUCGAAAUCUGCAGUUGCCGAGGAAUUACAAACUACCAGAAUAGUAUUCUUCCAAGGCAGUCCAUUCUUCAUUCAGUGGGGAAUUACCCUGAAGAUGGGUGUCCUAAGGAGAUUGAGAGCGAGCUAAGGACCUUUGUUCGUGAGAUGAUGCCGGAACUAGCACAUCGACCCUUCGUAUCAACAGAACUUUGCUGGGAUGCAUUUGCCCCAGAUUCGAGUUUCCGGAUUUGCCCCUACCCUCAGGCGAAGAACCUGUUCGUUGCAACAGUUGGCUCGGGUCAUGCAUUCAAGUUUCUACCUACUAUCCGAAAGAAUGUGGUUGAUAUGGUGGAGGGAAAUCUUGACCCCGAAUUAGAAAGGCUGUGGGCAUGGAAGUAUGGCGAAUCUGCGAGGCCCAAGGCACAUCCGUAUCCGAGUCGAGAUCUGGGGGUCCUGACAGGAUGGAAAGGGAGAAAUGCACCUGCUAGUGGAAAGCUGCCUUGGACGUGGAGUCGGUUGUAA